AUGCAGUAUAUUUAAUUCCCUGUUCACCCAAGAAGGAGAAUCAUAGAUGGAAGAAAAAACACUGCAAGUCUGAUAAAACGCUUAAAAUUUCCUCACAAGCCGUGCAUGUUAUCCUCCCCCAAAACAACUCAUCGAACUGUCCUGCCAGUGAACUUCACGGUCCACAGGAAGAAAAUUAAGGAAAGCAAUGAAAAACCCUCAUGUUCUACUUAUUCCAUUUCCAGCACAAGGCCAUGUGCUUCCCCUAAUGGAAGUUGCACUCCAUUUAGUAAAAUAUGGCUUCAAAAUCACAUUUGUAAACUCUGAGUUUAUUCAUGAACGAGUUAUCAAAUCAAUGCCGGAGACCGACAACGUACGAAAACUCAUAAAAAUGGUUUCGUUACCUGACGGGUUAGAAUCCUCCGAUGACAGAAGUGAUACGGGAAAAUUGUGGGCUUCAAUUGUUAGGGUCAUGCCCGGAGAGCUAAAGGUUCUUAUUGAACGGAUUAAUGGUUCGGAAAGUGAUAAAAUCAGUUGUAUAAUUGCCGAGACCAGCUUGGGUUGGGCUAUCGAGGUUGCAGAGAAAAUGGGAAUCAAGAAAGUGGCUUUCUGGCCAGCGGCAUCAGCGUUAUUCGCCCUGUUAUUCAAAAUUCCGAGCCUUAUUGACGAAGGAAUCAUAGACAGUGAAGGAACACCAAUGAAAAACCAGAUAAUUCAACUUUCACAAGCGAUGCCUCCCAUGAAGACAACAGAUUUCUUUUGGAAUCGUUUGGGCGAUGAAGCAGAACAGAAAUUGUUCUUCAAACUCCUGGUAAAAAAUAUGCAAUCAGUUAAAUCGUCAGACAGGUUAAUUUGCAACUCAUCUGAUUGGUUGGAGCCUGGGACAUUUGCUUUAUUUCCAGACAUUUUACCCAUAGGACCUCUUCUGGCAAGUAAUAGGCUUGGAAAAUCAGCUGGCAGCUUCUGGCAACAAGACUCAGGUUGCCUCUCGUGGCUUGAUCAGCAACCACGUAAUUCUGUCAUAUAUGUUGCAUUUGGAAGUUUCACAGUAUUUGAUAAAAAUCAAUUCAAAGAACUUGCUCUCAGCCUUGAACUCACCAAAAGACCAUUCCUGUGGGUCGUGCGGGAAAACACGACAGAAGACGUUGACAAUGCAUACCCAAUAGGGUUCCGUGAAAGAGUACAGAAUUGGGGGAGGAUGGUAGCUUGGGCACCGCAGCAAAACGUCCUAUCCCAUCCUUCCAUUGCCUGUUUCAUUAGCCAUUGUGGUUGGAAUUCCACC